UCCUGAUUAGCAGUUAAAGCACAGUGUUAAGAAGAACGAGAAAAGCAACGAGAAUGGAUUGUUGGUCCAAGUUUUUGGUACUUUGUGGACUUGUCAUGGUGGCACUGCUGAGUGGAACUACUGGACAUGAGAAUCACAACUUGACUGUAGCUGUACACACUCUGCAAAUGCAUCAUGGGUUAACAGACACAAAUUGGGUGGGAAAAGCUGUUUUCACUCCCUAUUUGGGCAAAGUAGAGGACACUUGCACUUGUGAGCGGUUGAUACUUCUGCGUAUGCUGUACGGUUACCUAGACAUCUUUUCGGAUAUGCUGAAAAAGGCCAAGAAUGUUGAGACUGAGUCGAGCCUGAAAGAACUCCAGGAAAGUGUGAGAGAACUGAAAAACAAAUACAAAAAAGAACAAGAAGUGUGGAAACAACUUCACGACAUUAACGCCAUAAAGAAAGACGACAGCACGAUCCAAGGUGGAGCGGUGAACGACUUUAUCUCUGUGUUCUCAAAAGCCUUAGAAACUGGACAUCAUUCCAAGAAGACCCACUCGCUACUCAAGCGUUUUCUGCAACGAAACUAUUAAAUGGAGCAUGAGGCGAAUCUGCAUUAACUUAGUCAUAUAGUCUAAUUCAUAUAUGUUAUUUAUCAAACUUAAUUUAACCAUUAAUUACACUUUUAAUUUAUCAUAUUUAUUUUCAUCACAAACUCCAACAUAUCUGUAAAAUGUAACUUAUUUUGCUGUGCUAUUCAGUUUUGCAUGUUUGUUCAACCACAUGUGCAACUUUUAUAUCACUUCAA